AUGACAUGCGUGCUUACCACCACCCCAGCUCAAGCACCCGCUACCAAUUUUUCCCAUCCAGCUCUUUUGACUGGACUCGCUUCACCACCACUCACACCUAUUUCACCUACCACCACUACCACUAUCACCAAGCGAAACUCGCCCCAUGUAAGCUCCAAGCUUCAGCCACCUGAACCAUCUUAUGCGAUGCUUCGAGCUCACCAUGCCUACGCUCUGAAAUACACCAUCGCCAAAUUGAGAUGGGACCAAGUCAACAACUUGUACUUGCCAGGUCAAGAUGCUGAUUGGAAUCAUAACGAGAUGAUCAACAAGUUGGAGAAAGAACUGCACAAUGUUCAAGAAGCUCAAAAAGGGUUGGAUCAAUUCCCUAAUUGUUUCGCUCCUAUCGCUUUCCCCAAAGCUCACGGUCCACUUACCAAGGAGAAGUUCGAGGAGAACAAGAAGGCUGAGAUGGAGAGAGAGAAAAAGAUCAAUGAAGAGUUGGAGAAGGUCUUCCCAUUUCUGAAGAGGUUGUUUAUUGGUCCACUGACAAAAAUGCAAGCUAAGAGGGAUUUCCUACUGAGAGAGCAAUUGAGGGAUAACGAUCUGGAGGAUAUCUCAAUGCUGAUCCCUACUGAAAAUAAAAAAUGGUUGAUGGCUCAACAAGAGAAAAAACAAGCUAAUCAUCCGACAAACAGGAAAUCGUACGAACAACAAAGAUACGAAAAAGAAAAGCAAAAAGUGGCGGCUCAUCUUGAAUUCCUCGCCAAACAAAAGAAAGAACAAGAAGAGAAAGAACCACCUAGAAAGCCUUUAGGACCACUCACCAGAGAAGAGUGGAUUGCAACUUUACCUGUCUACGGACCUAAGACCUACGACGAGGUGAUGUUACCCAGUCAAAGGGAGCAGAGACAUAAUAUCAUCAGUUGGUUGCAAAGACCUUGGGGAACGUAUAACAAGAAAGCGUCCAAAGCGAUGGAGGCUUUGGUUGAGCUUGCCAAGGAGUCACUUGAGGAGGAGAAGGUUCUGAGGGAGAAGUUGAGGAUGAGGAAAGAGGAGUUGAAGAAGGUCGAGCUGAUUAAAGCUCUUGAGGCGAAGAAGGCGGAGGAGGAAGAGAAGAAGAAUGCACAGGAGGAUGGCCAGGGGGAGGAAGGAAAGAAGGCAGAACAAAAAGACGAGGGACACAAGGCAGGCGAAGAGCCAGCCAAAGUUGCAGAAGCUAAGAAAGAGUAA